UUACGCAAACUUAACACUUCUGUUUUGUUGUCGAUUUUUUAGUAAAAAGUUAUAAAAUAAACGCUUAAACGCGUCAACGCACACAUUGCUUUAACAAUUAGCACAAUAACAACGUUAAAAUGACCGAAGUAGAAGCUGUGCAAAUUAUUGCGGAGUCGUUGAAGCAACAGGGUGUGGAAUAUGUGUUCGGCAUCAUCGGCAUUCCGGUUAUCGAACUGUCCAUGGCCUUCCAGGCCGCUGGACUAAAGUACAUUGGCAUGCGCAACGAGCAGGCUGCCUGCUAUGCUGCCCAGGCUAUUGGCUACUUGACGGGGAAGCCUGGUGUCUGUCUUGUGGUUUCUGGACCCGGAUUGCUCCACGUGACUGGUGGCAUGGCUAAUGCCCAGGUCAACUGCUGGCCGUUGAUUGUCAUUGGAGGUGCCACGAAUCAGGAUCAUGAGGGCAUUGGCGGAUUCCAAGAGUGUCCACAGGUCGAGUUGUCUCGCCCGUACUGCAAAUACGCAGCACGUCCACCAACUGCUGCGCUUAUACCACUGCACGUUGAGAAGGCAGUGCGUUAUGCCACCUAUGGUCGUCCCGGUGUGGCCUACUUGGAUUUCCCCGGUAACAUACUGCAGUCGAAGGCAGUCGAGUCAAGAAUCUACAAAGCAUUGGCACAUCCGGCCCCACCAUUGGUGUAUCCACCACAUGACGAAGUCAUUCGUGCAGCUCAAUUGCUGCGUCAAGCCAAGCGUCCGCUGGUGAUCAUUGGCAAGGGCUCCGCAUAUGCUCAUGCCGAGAAUACGCUGCGUCAUUUCAUUGAGAACACAAAUCUGCCAUUCCUGCCCACACCUAUGGGCAAGGGAGUGGUCUCUGAUACUGCUGCUCAAUGUGUUUCAUCUGCGCGUACUUUGGCGCUGCAAAAGGCCGAUGUGGUGUUGCUCUUGGGCGCACGUCUCAACUGGAUUCUGCACUUUGGUCGCGCUCCACGAUACGAUAAGGAUGUGAAGUUCAUUCAGGUGGAUAUCUGUCCCGAGGAGCUGCACAACUCAGUGGUCGCAUCUGUGGCCAUUCAGGCGGAUAUACGGCCAUUUGCAGAGCAGCUAUUUGAGCAAAUGAAUGCUGUGAAUUUCCGCUUUGGCUACGAACAGGACUGGUGGAAGCAGUUGGCAGCUAAAUGCAAACAUAAUCGCGAUACAGUCCAGCAGAUGUCUUUAAACACAGCGUCGCCGCUUAACUACUAUGCGGUCUUCCAUCACUUGCGUGAACUGCUGCCACGUGAUACGAUUAUUGUGAGUGAGGGUGCCAAUACAAUGGAUAUUGGUCGUUCAAUGCUGCUGAAUGAGCAGCCACGUCAUCGCCUUGAUGCUGGCACCUUUGGCACCAUGGGUGUUGGUCCUGGUUUUGCUGUUGCCGCAGCACUUUUCUGCCGCGACUUUGCGCCCGGCAAGCGUGUGCUUUGUGUGGAAGGAGACAGUGCCUUUGGCUUCUCGGGCAUGGAGAUCGAGACUAUGGUACGCUACAAGUUGCCCGUGACCAUUGUCAUUGUGAAUAACAAUGGCAUCUAUGGUGGCUUCGAUAAAGACACCUUUGAAGCCAUACGCAGCGAGGGAGACCUAACGCAAAUCACACCACCAUCGGCGUUGGGCGUUCAGGUGCGUUACGAGGAGAUGAUGAAAAUGUUUGGCAUGCAAGGUUAUUUCUGCACCGAGAUUGAGCAGCUACAAGCGGCAGUGAAGGCAGCCAAUCAGUUGACGGAUAAGCCGACUAUUAUCAACGUGGCGAUUAGUCCUUCGUCAGAUCGCAAGCCGCAAUCGUUCAAUUGGCUCACAGAAUCAAAACUCUAAGGCACAAUCAAACACACACACACGUUUUUUAUAAGCUGCAACGUUUACAAUUAGUUUAUAAGCACACAGUUCCGCGCAUUCCUUAAGAAUUUAAAAUGCAUUUGCCACGAUAUUGUCUUUGUAUAUACACAACACAACAUGCAAUUUUUUAUAAAGUCAACGAUUGUAGAAUUUC